ACCUACUUAGUACUUACUACUGACUACUCCGCAGAGCUGUCAGUAGUCACCGUGUGAGCGCGCCGACCGAGCAUUGCGACCAUCAGAACAAUGGGCCAGGUUUUCGCAUCCUGAACGCCUGCUCGCACGCACCCUGGGUGCCUCGAGUUCAUUUUUCACCAUGCCACCCUCUACCGUUUUUUCCUACUGGCGUCGCGAGCAUCGCCGGUCGAGUGCCUCCCCCGUCUCGCCCUCCCUACAGCCCACCUCCAAAGGACCGGUCGCUAACAACCCUUCUCAACGAUCGGUGUCGCCCAACACGAGGACGACUCUCGCUGCGCUUGGAGGAUCGUCUGUGGAGGCCUCGACUCUGCAGGCCCCGAGCAAUCUUUCCGGAGAAUCCGACGCAGCGAAAAGGAAUAUCGCCAUAUCCGUCACUCCGACCUAUGCGCCAGCCUCCUCUUCGACAAAUCUAACAAAUCCCACAGCAGUGCCCUUAUCCUCCGAAAGUCACGCCCGAUUUCAUUCAACCCCCGACGAGCGCGAAGACCCGACCAUCGCCUCCCAAUCCAACUACUCACAAUCAUCUUUUGCCGUACCGCGUUCAGAUCAUGGCGACGGCGAUUCUCCUAAACCGAGCUCCCCGUUCCGAUUGUCUUUGGGCAAAAAUUUGCUGAGCUCCCACAAUCUCACUAAUGACCAUUAUACAAAACGCUCAUCGACUCCCGGGCUGCCAACAUCCAGUCAUUUUCGUUUCAGAACCUCCCCCGAUAUUUCCCCGGCUGACAGGACAAUCUCGUCAAACAAGGACAAAGAAUACAAGUAUGAAAAUGCGAACGGUCGCCGGUCUGGAGACCGGGACGGGCCUACGGAACAUGUCCAUCACAAAUCCGGGAAGACUCGGCUUCACCUGCUGAACCCUAUGUCUCUUUUGGCCAGGAGGCGCUCUUCCAACCUGGCGAAUCUGCGGAUGGAGGAUACGAGCAUCCGCGCUCGCAAUAUAGUUCCUGCUAUCCCAGACGACUAUGAUCCCAGAAUCCGCGGGAACAUCGUUCACGACUUUUCUGCUCCUCGCCCUCGUCGAAACCUGUCAACCGCUCCUGUUCUUCUGCAUGAUGUCAACAACCAAUCCGGUCCACCCGAUGCCGCCUACAAUGGAAAUGGCAAUUCUGUGCACGGCCAUGAUCAAAACGCGCAGAUAGGCGAGCAAAGGAAAAGGCAUACGCAAUACUCUCCUGUUUUCCGGGAACACUUUGAGGACGAUCAGAAGGUGUUGCAGGUUGAGAGCAAAGCAUAUUUGCAGUCAUCGUUGCUGACGGAGCAGUUUCAUGAGAAUGAUCCCAGCGCACUCCCUGUGUUUGCAAGGAGAUUGCCCUCCAAGCUACCGGACCAAGGCGGAUCCUCUGAAUCACCAAGCGACCAGGCGGCGCCUAAACAAGAUGAUCAGCACAACAUACCCAAUACUAUCGGAAUCGCAGGUACACAAGAUGCCGACACGAUCGAGGUUAUACCACACCAACCAUCGGGCUUACCUAAACAUCUCAAGAGCAAUGCGUCCCGGUUCAGUUUUGACAUGAAUGGCGUCGAGUCCUCCACCCAGGAGAAACUAUUGGAAGAAAAACAUAAGGAAAAAGAAGCCGCAAGAAGGGCCAAGGCGCGAAUGGAAGGCAUAAGUUUCAGCGAUGGCGAGGACGAUUUUGAUGAAGAUAUGCUCGAUGAUAUGGAUGACUUUGAAGAGAAGAUUCCAGGGGUUAAUAUUGACGCUGACGAGGAUGAUGAGUUCUCUGGGUUCUCCGGUCCGGGCAAUGCACUCAACAAGUCCUGGUUUGUCCCUAGUCUCUCGCCAGUCCUUGCUAGUCCGCUUCCUCCUGGUUUUAACGAUUCUCGGGACAUGCAGGAUAUGCAGGAAUCGGCUCAGGGGUCUUUGGCACAGAACUCAGCUCCCUCUCCCGUUUCGGAACCUGUUACCUCUGCUAUUACAACCAAUGUUCAAUUAUUAUCAUUGGCACCGGACACCUCCACUGUUAUACCACAGGUCACUGUAGACUUGCAUCCUCAGCCCUCGCAGCCGAUGGAAGAUGAUGACGAUCUGUACUUCGACGAUGGCGAGUUUGGUGAUCUGUCUACAGAGGAUGCGGGCGACAAAUUUGACGAGUCGAUUUUUGAUGAUGAGACGAGUCACCUGUACGAUCGAAAACCAGCGGCUCAGCAACCUGUUCCUGAGCCAACGCAGCCCGACGACCAGGAUGUGGGUACUAAUACGCUGGAUGUCACUGCGGAACACGACAAAAAUGGGCCAGAGCCAGACUACGAUGGCGGGCUCGGGCACGCUCCUAGUAUAGCCAGUGACUAUCGAAAGGGGUCGAUCAGAACCUACGGUCAUACUCAUGAGAGCUUGCCUAACUUAGGGUCGGCAAAAGCUCAUGGUGGGGUUCUGUCCGAGCACAACCUUGAAGCUUUCCAUAAUGCUUUGGCUCAAGCCGCCAGUGAAGCAGCCGCGAAUGACAGGCUUAGCCGUGUAACCAGCGUGAGCGAGCGGUCGCUUGGCCAAGAAAGCACUACCCAGACAAUGGAUACACCUUCGGGGCUCAUUUCAGACGAUAGCCGCUUGAGCCAAACCGUCGAUAUGGUUGGUUUUGAUGAAGUGUUUGAGGACUUUAGUUACGAUGACAACGAUGCUGCACUUUUCGAUGACCCUAUCAUUGCUGCAGCGAAUGCGGAGGCCUUGGAAAAUGAUGACGAGGGAUUCUAUGGUCAAGAGUUUGGGUUCUACGCGCAAUCACACGGGGGCUGCAACGCUGAACUCACUAAUGGUGGCUACUUCGGUCCACGAGGCGUCGAGGGCAUUACUCGCAGUUUCAGCAGUCGGGGGAAGUUUUGCGAGCCAAGCCUGACCCCCAUCACUGAACGCAGCGAAUGGAGCACGCGCAACUCGGUCAUCUCACUCACAGCCCACGGUGCCGCCCAUUCCAAUCCAAUGGCAAGCCCUGGCUUGGCUCAGCUGGUCGACCUUGGUGCCAUGGACGAUGAGAUGUCUCUGAGUGCACUGAUGAAGCUUCGACGGGGUGCCUGGGGCGGAAGCAAUGGCAGCCUCCGCAGCGGCAGUGGCAGUCCUCCUCCACAUUUACACUCGUCGUCAAACCGGGCGAGCUUCAUUUCCGAUGCGAGCCCGACGGUAUAUACCGCGCCGCCAGAUGCGUUUGGCGGUACCAGUGCGACAGAGUCUCCCAUCAAGGAAUCUGACAAGUUCCGGUGGUCCCAGCACGCUAUGGAGCAGCGUGUGGGACAGUCGCCAGUGGGUGAGCGGGAGCCAUAGAUCUGCGUUAAAAUUGACUGGGAUUGAUUGGUCAUAUGCGCCCGAGCUGGCAAGCAGUCAGAAGGCCAUGCGUGUGACCAGCCAGCCGCAGAUCGAUCCCGGCAAAGUUGGACGGACCAACCGAGAAGAGGGGGAGAGUAUAUAACACAUCUGGGUUUGCUUACAUAGGGGUUUGGGGGCUCUGCGAUAUAAUGAUUGUAAUGCCUGAUAUAUAAUGCUUCACUGCGUCUUGCAGUGAUCUGUACUGUUAUGAUUAGAUGAUUUGAUGGUUGGGUAAGUUAUAUAUAUGUUGCAUAUACCGCUGAGGUACUACCUCACCCGAUAAAUUAGUAAUUUAUCGAGUGCCCGUUGGGCCUUUUGGCAUGCCGUAAUCUGCAAUCCACUGCCCAGACCCUGGGAUCCGGGGGGAUGACAGCCCCUUCAUAGUACCAGGUCUAGAUAGAUACCUAGUCGUUC